AUUUGCUUUAUCAGCGCUACUGAUAGAUAUAGAAUGCAAACAUAGGUGAACACUGUAUGCCUAAAUUAUUAGAGGUUCAUAUAGGUGGUUACUGCCUUGUCAUUUAUCGUUUGGAAUUGCAUGUGGUGGUGUAAAUUGAAGCCGUGCGUUUGCGAAUAGUUGUUUUGGUUUGCAAUAUCUGCGAGCAAAAUAUAAUUGCCGAGUAUCUGUGGUAAUUAACUUAAACACUGUACGCUACCGAACAUUACGAGAUAGCAACGAACUCUAAUCAGAAAAACGAUUACAUCCACAGUAUAAUCAUUGAAUGCAGGAAAGUCAAAAAAAUGGACAUGUACGAUCACCGACCUGGAUCCGCAUUCGAUAACAGCAGAUUCGGGCACGUGGAUGCAUCGGCGUCGUUCUUCUGCACGCGCAGACUCAACAUAGGCAAUCGACGAGCUGCGAACGUAACCUCAAAAUACCAACAAAAACAAUUCGUGUGUGCGAACAUGAGCGACAAACGCAGCGGGUCGAUAUGCAAGCUGAACGGGGUAGAAGGGAAGGCCCCUUUUCUCAUUGGGGUAGCAGGGGGCACGGCCAGCGGUAAGAGCACAGUGUGCAAGAGGAUCAUGGAGAAACUCGGACAGGCUGAUAUGGAUCAGAAGCAAAGACAGGUCGUGUGCAUUUCACAGGACAGCUUUUAUAGGGACCUGACUCCGAAGGAGAUCGCCAAGGCCGAACAAGGACAAUACAAUUUCGACCAUCCGGACGCAUUCAAUGAGACCUUGAUGUACGAAACAUUGAAGGACGUGUUAGCCGGGAAGAUCGUACAGAUACCAUCCUACGAUUACAAGCAUCACACAUUGAAAAAGGACGAAAUACUGACGAUAUACCCCGCGGACGUGGUUUUGUUUGAAGGAAUAUUGGUAUUUUACUUUCCGGAGGUUCGCAAGCUUUUCCAUAUGAAGUUGUUCGUUGAUACCGAUUCUGAUACCAGGCUGGCGCGCAGAGUUCCACGAGACAUCAACGAACGCGGUCGAGACCUGGACCAAGUCCUCAGCCAAUACAUGAACUUCGUGAAACCAGCUUUCGAAGAAUUCUGCUCGCCCACAAAAAAAUUCGCCGACGUCAUCAUACCGAGAGGUGCCGAUAACAGUGUCGCUAUCGAUUUGAUAGUGCAGCAUAUCAGGGAUAUCCUGAAUAAUAAAAGGAAUUCCGAGGAGAGGUCUAUCAGUCCGCCUAAGGUCACUGUCACACCUGUCGGUUCUCCCUCUAAGAAAGUUAAUGCCAGUGCGGAUAUAAUAUUUCACAGGCCGCAUUAGGAGGGUUUAGGUUGAGGAAUGGCGAUGUAAGAGGCUACCAGAUUUUAUAGGAUUGCUUUAAAGCUAAAGAGUAAAAUAAUUUUAGAAUAAUCAAAGAGCACACCAAUUGCAUACAAACCUCAAAUUGAGGUAGUCUCAGAUAUUGUUAUUUUGGUCAUAUAGGUGUAUAGAUGAUAAGAGAAUCGUGUAGUUUGUUAUUGUAGCUAUUAAUUGUUGCCAAUGAUUUAUUUAUUAUUUUUUGAUUUGGAGAGACUUAGAAAGUGUGAAUUUGACGUGAUUUGAAUUUCGGUUAUGUACUUAUUAGAAUAUCUUUAAACCAAAUUGUCAAUUCUCUUGACGGUGAAUGGAUUAUGCGUAUAAGGCCUCAAAUCAAGAAAACUACAUUGACGAUUUUAUACUGAGUGUUUAGAAACUCUUUUUGUUUUACUAAAGAUAUUUAAUCCGUUUUAUGAAGCAUGAUUAUGAAAUUUAGCAAAUAUGCUUUGCUUAUGACACUCAUGAUUUUUAUUAUACAUAUUUUUUGCAUUGAGAUGCAUAUCGUAUAGUCACAGUAUUUUUUGAACUUUUCUAUUCCUACAUAGAAUAUGAAACUUAAAGCAGUUACUUAUUUUUCUAUUACUAAGAAUGUACAUGGAUAACAUGUAAGUCCAGAGUCUCGAAGACAAUGUAUGGAGAUGAGGUCUCAGCUUGCCAAUAUGUAAAUUAUUAUUUUUAGGUCCAUCGAUAAGCACAAUUUAACUUGAACAAUAACUAUAUUAAAAAUAGCACUAGCACUACAUAGGGUAAACAUCUUGACACAUAUCUAGUCUACAAAUCUAGAUAGACAGAUCAAUUUUUUCACUUUAUUUACUUUGGCCAAAGAUACUUCUAUCACAUAGCUCAUCGUGAUAAAAUGAUUGGUCUCAAAAGUUUUACAUCUUAUAAAUGCUUUGUUUUUGUGAUAUCAAAGUUCAAAAUAUAUUCUUGAAAAUGAUAAAUA